CACAUGACAUCUGUGAGGUAUCAGCUGACUUUAAAAAUAUUUAAGAAAAUUAUUCAGAUCUCUAACAAAUAAUGAGUGGCGGAUUAGCACCAAGUAAAUCAACAGUUUAUAUAUCUAAUCUACCAUUUUCACUGACCAACAAUGACAUCCACCAACUUUUGGAGUCCCAUGGUAAAAUUGUCAAAGUAACAGUUGUCAAAGAUAAAAUAUCACGUCGCAGCAAAGGAGUCGCGUUUGUAUUAUUUCUCAACCGUGAAGAUGCUACUAAUUGCGCUAAAAAUUUAAACAACACUCAGAUCGGAGGACGUACAAUAAAGUGCUCCAUAGCGGUCGACAAUGGUCGCAGCACGGAGUUUAUCAGACGUCGGGACUACCCUGACAAAUCCAAGUGUUGGGAAUGUGGGGAAUCUGGUCACCUAUCUUAUUCGUGUGAACAAAAUACUUUGGGAGCCAGAGAACCUCCUCCCAAGAAGAUUAAACGCAAGAAAAAUAAAGAUUCCUUGACCAAUAGUUCCGAGUACUACGAGUCUGACGAAGACGAUGAGUCACAUCCGAGACCAGCGAGACCCCCUCAGGAUAUUUAUAGUUUUAAUGAUUAUAAAGAAGAGCCGGAUGUCGAGAGCUUAAGCGCGGCUAUCAGACAUGAGCAAGAGCAAAUCGAGCUCGAGAAAUAUCGGUACAAGGUAGCAACAGGUGAGUACAACAGUGACCCUGAAAAAGAGAGUGAAGUUAAGCCUAAGUUAAAAAGGAUUAAAAAAAAUAAUUACUUCAGUGAUGAAGAGGAAGAAUUGAGUGAUUAGGAUUUAUGUUAAUAAAUAAUUAUUUAAGCUUGUUGAUUGUAAAUAUUAAAUUUAGUGUAAAAAAAUUAAUUACAUAUGAUUUAUUAAACAAGUUUAUCUAUUUACAUAUUUCGAGUAUAAAACAUUUGUA